AUGGACCGAGUUGUGAUCGUCGGGGCCGGGCUCUACGGCCUCAUUGCCGGAAAGACCUACUUACAGGUAAUGGGUGCCUAUGAUGGAGAAAAAACGAAAAAUCAAGCGAACGAAAUUGUAGAUGAACUGCCCGUCUGUUUCACGACUCCGAGGCAGUCACCCAUUAGAGACGCCUCAAAUUGCAACCUUUUAAUGAUCGAUGCCGCAUCGGAUCUUGGGGGAACAUGGGCAGAAGAGCGUCUGUACCCAAAUCUUCUCAGUCAGAAUUCCUACGGGUUGUACGAAUUCAGUGAUUUACCACUCGCGGACGUGGUCCCACAAGAGGAAAACGACGAUGGCCCGCGGUUCAUCGCAGGCUGGAAGAUAAAUCACUAUCUACACGCAUGGGUGACGAAAUGGGACUUGCAGAAACAUAUACGGCUGAACUGGAAGGUAGAGAAGAUUGCCCGCCUCGAAAGCAAAGAAUGGACACUCGAAAUCAGCAUCACCACUUCAUCCCCCCGACUCAUCACCGUCAUCUGCGACAAGCUCCUCUUGGCGACCGGGUUGACAUCGAUUCCAAAUCUGCCAGCAACCCAGAUGCAUGGCGAAUUCGUUGAAACGACCGCACCUGCCAUCCACGCUAAGCAAGUAGGAGACUGGGCUCGCGAGAAAUUGGGGUACCAACCAUUACCAGAUACAGCCGGAAAACCAGAGAGAACCGACAGUCAAGCACCAAGAUUGAGGGCGGUUGCGAUCUACGGCGGGGCAAAGUCGUCUUUUGAUCUGGUGCAUUUCUUCGCAACCUUGCAUCACAAUUCACCAGACUUGCAUCUGAAAUGCACACCCAAGAAUCCAGUGCAAGUGCACUGGAUCAUUCGUGAUGGGGCAACAGGACCGGCAUGGAUGGCCCCUCCGACAUCGACUCUUCCUAAUGGGGAUACUGUAGCAAGCGACAAGGCGGCGAGCACGCGGCUUCUGAGCCAUCUCAGCCCAUGCUGUUACGAAAUCCCGAAACGACUAUCCAUUUUACGCUCACCACAGGGAUGGGGAAUAAGCUUGCGAAUGGAAGGUUCGUGGCUAGCCCGUAUUUUCCAUGGAAAUCCGCUGGGACGGUGGUGGAUUCGGUCUUUCUGGCGCUCGGUUGACCGGAAUCUUGAAGAGCUAGCGCGGUAUAGCUCCGAUCCCAAAAUGAGCAAGCUUCGACCAGAAAAUAGUGUUGUUUCGUGCGCAUCAAGUGUCGGGAUCGCUAACCAACCCGAUCUCUGGGACACCAUCCUAUUGCCCCAAGUGCAUAUCCAUCGUUCAGUCGUAACUAGCAUCUCGGGAACAACAGAUGAAAGUGAAGCAGGUCCAACAAAAGAUGCAAUCGUACACUUGGCAGAUGGGACUCAGAUCGAUCCAGUUGACUUGGUUGUGCAUGCCACAGGAUAUAAACCCAUCGUGUCUAUCGCAUUCGAACCGUCCAGUUUUCGUCUCAAAUUGGGCCUCUCGGGCCUGAUAAACUCUAGAACGUCUGAAUAUGAUGGGCAUCUGUCGCCGGAGAGACUUUUCGAUCCACUGGACUCGAUCACAAAGGGUCGCGUGAAACUUUGGCAGGAGCUGGACCAGCGAUCGGAGGCCGUAGUCCGAAAAACAUUGGCUGAAACUGGCUGCACCAUAAUCAACCGCGCAGAUCCAUCUUGGACGGGAAGCCAUAAAUACCUUCCGUAUCGCCUAUUCCGGCAAAUGGUAGCACCCGAGCUCGUUGCUGAAGGAGAUCGCUCAUUCGCCGCCCUCGGUAUUGUUUUGACAUCUACUAUUGCCGUUGUCGCAGAGGUCCAGGCACUCUGGGUAGCUGCGUUCCUGACGGAAGGACUAGACUGGCUGGUCAAUGUCUCACGCGAGGAAAUGAACGAAUCUAUUUCUGAAGAUGUCGUGCUUGGAUCUUUGACCGGGACAAGUCUCGCGGUGGAUGCUAUUCAGGCAAGUCGGCUAGGAACGAGAAUCAAGAAACAUGCAUGA